AUGUGCAAGUAUGUUGUUCCUUCAGUACUUACUUGUUUCAAGACUUCCCGUCUCCGACUCAAAAAACUCAACUAUUGUGAAGAAUACAAGAGGCGGUCGGCGCUCCGUGACAGCUAUACCGAGACAGAAGUCAGUCUGCUAAGGGCAGCCUCUGCGGCCUCUGUGGCCAGCGGCGCCACCGACCGCAGUGGGAACACAGACAACUGCGUGGAGGAGUACGUGUGCGAUGUGCCUUUUGCCGGCCUCUUCAAAGGCUCAACGACGACGCUCGACGGGAUAGGCCUCCGGCCGAUGCCAGCCGAACGGCCGAAGACGCUGCGCAAGCUGAAGUCAGUGUACGACGCAUCGCCCACCGAACCACCAGCACAUACCCUCAGCAGCAAUGGGCAGGCUGAUAGAAGCGUCAAUGGACUGGAAGAAGAAGUCAGGAGGCGCAGCAAUACAACCAGUUCUACUCAGAGCGGGGACAAGUCGCUGUCCAUACUUAGCCCGUUCGAUGAGCAGGAGGAAUGGGCAAAGAUCUCCGAGAUAAUGGCUUCCUUCGGCAGCAAGCUCGUCCGCGAGUCUGUGUUCGUCUCCGAGCUCGAGCAGGAGUUCACAUCACGUUUGGGCCUGAGCUGCUCUGAAUCCAGCCUGAGUCCUUCCGUGGCCUCGACAUUGGGGCUGUGGCUGGCUGGCCUGGGCCUACACGAUUAUGAGCCGCUCUUCAGGGAGAGCGGCUACGAUGACGUAGAAUUUAUUAAUGGAAUCCUAGACGAAAAUGACCUACGAGAAAUGGGUAUAGACGAAGCUGAUAGACAGAAAAUACUAGAGUCAUCGAAACAGUUACCUCUUAAAAUAACAGAAAUAAGCAAUAACCAUAACAAUAAUAAUAUAAGUAAGAACCAAAACGAAUCUGUAGAAGAAUGGCUAAGGAAUAUUAAUUUAGAAAUAUAUAGUGAUACGUUUAGAAAGCAUUUGUAUGUAGACAUGGAUAGAGUGAAAAGAAUUUGGGAGGUAGAAUUGACGGCUGUGCUAGAAAUACAUAAGCCUGGACACAGGAAGCGAAUAUUGGCAUCGGUGUCUGGCGAACACAAUGGGCCUGCGACUAACAAUAUGGAAGAAAUUAACGCUGAUCUCAACACUUUGAAGAACAACAUACAGCAGCUAAAAGAAGAAAUCAAAGAAAAGCUACCAGCUUCAGAAAACUUGAAACCUGUGCCUCCUCCCGUCGUUCCUACCCUGGCGCCACCUGGUGGGGAAACCUUGAAGCGCAGUAAGAAGAACAGGCCGGCUCCUCAACCCCCUAGGCCUUCGGACCUGGAGAUCAGGGCUCCAUCAGAACUGCUGGUUGGAGUCCCAGGAGCCUUGAGGACGCAGUGGAAACACCAACCGUUCGUGCUAGUCACUGGUGCUGUUACCUAUGUAGCUAAUUACCUAGGUUCGACGGUAGUCAAAGAACUCCGCGGGACCGAAUCCACUAAGAAGUCCAUUCAGAAGCUGAAGAAGUCUACCAAAGAACCAAGGGAUUCUCCCGACAUUAUACUUUCCAUCAGCUACAGAGGUGUCAAGUUCCUGAAUACCAUUACCAGGGAGCUGGUCUGCGAGCACGAGAUCCGCAACAUCCACUGCGCGUGCCAGGACGCGGACGACCUCACCCACUUCGCCUACAUUACCAAGGACCACGCCACUAGGAGCCACUACUGCCACGUCUUCAGAGUCGCUACUAUGGAUCAAGCGACUGAAGUAAUUCUGACACUAGGCGAAGCGUUCGAAGUGGCCUACCAAAUGGCUCUACGGGAACAAUCGAACCGGGUCCGAGUGACCCAGUCUAUGGCCAAGACCCCGACCCACGACCCCAUGACGACCAGCAACAAGGAAAAACCCAACGUCAACCACGGGAGAUCACAUUCCAUUACCGAAAUAAAACUCAACGGACAUCAAUUGAAAAUCGCUCCAAUCCCAGCAUCGUUGUCGAACGAAGACUUCCAAGCUGCCACCAGAAAUUCCGACGGGUCCAGAAGCCCUAGGACACCUCUGCUAAAAGCCCCAAUAGCAUCCACGGAGGAAUUGUGAAAGCAACCCUCUAAUGCUACUGUAACUUUAUUAAAAUCGAACGAAAAUACUAAAUACGAUAUAUGGCGAAGGAAAUCUUUAAACUUUUGAUUCCAAUCGCCAACAAAAUUAAUUGGAAGACAUCACUAAUUGGAUUUCAUGAGUCUUCCUAAAACGCGAACUUCCAAAAACACGAUUUUGAAAUUCAAUGAAAUUCCUCGAAUUGUUGUUAAUAAUAUACAUUAAGUAUUAAAAUAUUAUUAUUAGGCUUGGGUGUUUUAAUAUUGUAUAAAGGACCAGUUACUCAAAAUAGAUUCUUCUGGUCUCGCAUUGUGGUAUUUGUAUAAGGAUAUAACUAUUUUACUUCGAUUUCGACACUGCUUUUACGAACCAUACCUAAUUUAUUUAUCUGUUGUACGAUAUUAGAUAAUACGAUUUUGCUAUGGAAUAGUAAAAUUUUAGGGGCUGUUAUAUUUAUAGUAGUUUUUAAUGAUUGUAUAUUUUUGUUUCCUCUAGCAAUAUGUGCUGUUAAAUGAGAUAUAUCAUCAACAUUAAUGAGUAUUACAACGUUUGUUGGUCCAAAUAAUAUGACAUUUUAAUAUGAAGACUCGAGACAUGUGUAGUCGAUAAAAUUUUAAGAUACUUCAAAAAUAAUUACAUUGAUAUUAUUUUACGCUUUUGGACAUAUUGAUAUUCGUUUAGGCCUAAAAUAUUAAUCUCUAUCCUAGAUUUAUGAUAAUAAUAUUAUGUAUCGCGUUACCAUUUUUCGGUGUCGUAAUGUAUGUACAUAGAUAGAUGUAUUUGAGUGUAUGGACGGGGAAAUAUGGGAUAUUGUAUGGAACUUCUUGAGAGAAUAGCGAGAUCGCCUAACGUAUAGUACAUAAAACAUAUCAACCAAUGUUAUAUGUUAUUGGAAUUCAAAAAUAUUAUGAACGACGGUGACUAGAGUUUAUCGGAGAACCUUGGCGUAAUAAAAUUUGUAUUUAAAAUGUGAGCUUCCGAUGUUACUUUUGCAUAUUAUUGUAGUUUUUAAUAGUGUUAAUUGUCGUUAUACGUACAAUAAUCGUGUCUCAAAAUGACAAAAAAUAACUGUUUAAAAGUUUUUUUCAAUUAUAGCAACUGUUUGCUCAAUACCACGCCGUUUUCGGAGUCAGUUUUUGAUAUUGUUCAUAAAGUUUUUUGAAUCAUAUUUGGGUUUACUUUGAUGUGUGUCGUUGCUAAAGUCUGACUAUUUUAAUUUGAGAUUUGGUGUAAUCUUAUGUGAUAUGAGAAGUAAAAGUAUUCAAAUGA